UAUAUGACCAAAAGUUUAUGGACUUUAUGGACCCCUGACCAUCAAACCCAUGAUGUGUGAUGAUCUGGCAACCCUGUCUGAAAUCCCCAAAGCACACAGCGACGUGUUAAAUGGUAUGUCAAAAUAUUGCGUACUGCUUGGGAACACAGGGUUUGGAACCGAGCUCUUCGUCUGACUUUGUGCGCGCGUGUGUGUGUGUGUGUGUGUGUGUGUAUACCUCUCCCCUGCUUUGUACUAUGACAUGUAGCUCACCCAGUGCUACGCAAACUACGUUGAGGGCGCAGUUGGGAAUGGAGCGCGCUGCAGCUUUGGGAGCGAGGAGAAUCCCAGCAACGCCCGUUUUUUCACGGAAGGAAGAAGGAAGACAUCAGUCCGUGCGCUGAGAGCUGAACUGCUCCACUCGCUCCUCAUUAACGUGAAGGGAGGGGAAUUGAAGAAGAAGAAGAAGAAGAAAGAGAAAAGAAGGAGAAGUCACACCCUUCCUUUAGAUUACGCACGACUCAGCUGGUGUGUGAGCGCACAGGAAGCCUGGCACCGACGACGCAAACGCGUAAAGACACAUCCAUGGACACCGUUGUCCCCGGGAGACGAUCUAUGUGAGUCCGUGUCGAGCUCGACCUGCUACUGGAGCUCUGGAGCUGGGUUUUAGGGGACACUGGGGGAGAAAGAAGACCCACAGCACAAGCCCUGAGACUGAAUUUGCACAACCUGUUUUUAAGGGGACUAAGGACAGGAUUUCCAACCUGUUUGAAGGGGACAGGAAUUUUCUGUGCUUGGAGGGACAUUGAUGUAUUGGAUUGUUCUUGGACACAUGCGAUGACUUGCUUUGUGUCUUGUCCUGAACCCAUUUCCUAAUGAGACUUAAAAAUUUGAAAGCGGGACUGGUUGUCUUUAUUGUGUAGAUUUGAGCAGGGACACAGAAACACAAAUCGAACUGGUCCAUUGAUGCUUUAAAAAACAAUUCAUACAUAGAGGACAUAGAGAUUUUUAGGACAGGAACAGAGACAGGUUUGCUCUUUUAUUGUUUUUUUGUUGUUGUUUUUUAAUCCUGUCGUUACUUUGCUGGAGGAAACAUCUGGGUGGCGAUCUGCGGAGGAUGGGAGAGAGAACAGAAGCGCUGAAGACGACGGUCUCGGAAAGACACCGUCCUAAAACAGGGCAGUGAUGCCAGGCAUGGUGAUGUUUCGGCGGCGCUGGUCAGUUGGCAGUGAUGACCUGGUGCUGCCUGCUUUCUUCCUCUUCAUACUGCACUGCAUAUGGCUGGUGGUGCUGUCCGUGGUUCUGUUUGGCCUCCCGUACGGUUCCGAUCAGUCAUGCUCCGUAACGCUGGUAGACCACGGCCGCGGCUACAUGGGCAUCCUGAUCAGCUGCCUGAUCUGUGAGAGCGCCAUCAUGUGGCUAAGCAUGAGAGGCAGCAUCCUGUACACACAACCCCGAGAGGCUGUGCAGUACGUGCUCUAUAUACGACUCGCCAUCCUGCUGGUGGAGUUGGUGUAUGCGGUGGUUGGAAUCGCCUGGCUGGUGCAGUACUACCAACCCUGUUCUGACGUCACGGCAAAAAACCUCGCUCUCGGUAUUGUGGUGUGUAACUGGUUAGUGAUCUUCAGUGUGUGUUUCACCAUGAUGUGCACCUUCGACCCCACGGGACGAACUUUUGUCAAACUGAAGGCCACGCGCCGCCGCCAACGCAACCUGAAAACAUACACACUCAGACACAGAUUAGAGGAAGGUCAAGCCAGCAGCUGGAGUAGGAGACUCAGGUUCUUCAUGUGCUGCACCAGAGCUAAAGACACACAAUCUGACGCCUACUCGGAGGUGGCGAGCCUCUUCGCCGAGUUCUUCAGGGAUCUAGACAUCGUACCCAGUGACAUCAUUGCUGGCUUGGUACUGCUCAGGCAACGACAGAGAGCUAAGAGAUCCGCCAUCUUGGACCAACCAAACAAUGAUAUCUUGGCCUUCCUGUCUGGGAUGCCAGUUACACGUAGUACACGCUACCUGGAUCUCAAAAAUUCGAUGGAGAUGAGCAUGUAUAAAGAGGUGUGUUAUUACAUGCUGUUUGCCAUGGCGGCUUACGGCUGGCCCAUCUACCUGCUGAGGAAUGCGACCUGCGGCGUCUGCAGGCUGCUCAGCUCCUGCACCUGUACGUCCGGCUCCAGGUCUCGUCUCUCUCAAUCCGUAACAGUAGAGGAAGACAACUGUUGCGGCUGUAACGUCCUCGCAAUCCGGCGCCAGUUUUUGGACCGAGACCUUAAACAGGUUCAGAUCGUCUACACGUCCUGCCACGAUGCGGUUUAUGAGACGCCGUUCUAUGUAGCAGUAGAUCACGGCAAGAAGAAAGUUGUCAUCAGCAUUAGAGGAACUCUAUCACCUAAAGAUGCUCUGACUGAUCUCACAGGAGAUUCGGAACGGUUGCCUGUGGAGGAACAUCACGGUGUCUGGCUUGGGCAUAAGGGAAUGGUUUACUCUGCAGAGUACAUUAAGAAAAAACUAGAGCAGGAGAUGAUCUUGUCUCAGGCUUUUGGCAGAGAUUUGAGCAAAGGAACGAUGCACUAUGGCCUGGUGAUUGUGGGUCACUCGCUAGGCGCUGGCACUGCUGCCAUCCUGUCCUUCCUGCUUCGUCCUCAGUAUCCCACGCUGCGAUGCUACGCUUACUCUCCGCCUGGAGGCCUGCUCAGCGAGGAUGCGAUGGAGUACUCGAAAGAGUUUGUCACCUCAGUGGUGUUGGGAAAAGAUCUUGUCCCCAGGAUUGGCCUUUCUCAGCUUGAGGGCUUUCGUCGGCACCUGCUCGAAGUCCUGCAGAAGAGCGAUAAGCCAAAGUGGAGGAUCAUCAUAGGAGGCACUAAGUGUAUCCCUAAGACAGAGCUGCCUUUAGACGAUGACCCUCCCUCUCAGGGGAGCAUGACUCCGUCCACCUCCCGGCUGUGUCUCCAUCCAAGUGACCUGAGCAUCGCCCUUUCUGCGUCCACACCGCUCUAUCUGCCCGGACGCAUCAUCCACGUCGUGCACAACCACCCACCCGAGACCUGCUGUGGUCAGGAAGAACCCACCUACUCGGCUCUUUGGGGUGACAACAAAGCCUUCGAUGAGGUCAUCAUCUCACCAGCCAUGCUGAACGAACACAUGCCGCACGUGGUGUUGGAUGGCCUCAAUAAGGUUUUGGAAAACUACAAUAAGGGCAAGACGGCUCUUCUGUCUGCAGCUAAAAUUAUGGUUAGCCCAACAGAAGUGGACCUGAACGCCGAGACCUACUUCCAUGGCGUCUCCAACUCCCACGAGCCCACACCGCAUACGCAACACCGCAGAAACAGCAGUGUCCGUUCCUGUGCUCGCUCAGAAAUCUCUCUGGAUGGAUUUUCGGAGUGUCCUCCUCAAGCCGUGCCUGUGGUCCUGAUGGGUGCUCGUGAGCGCUUGGCCCUGGAGUUGCGGGAGCGAAAGGCUCCGUUGGCAGUGAUGGAGAGCCUUUCGGAUGUCGACUCCAUCUACAGCAUGGAUUCGCGUCGUUCGUCGGCUGCUUUCCGAGGCUCACCGUGUCUCGGGACACUCCCUUUCCCUCUUGACGCCCCUAUUCCUGAGGAGAAUCCAUCCCUAAGCUCACGUACUGAGUUGAUCCAGGCCUCACCUGAGCGAGAACUUAUGGGCCAAACCGGGCCCUGCUGCUCCACGCCACCAGAACUUACUUUACCUUUGAAGGAAAGCCACAACCUUUCUUCAGAACUUGUGGUACCUUCUUCUAAUCAAGGCCGUUCCCUCUCACAAACCAACCGGAGUAGCCAUUUUCUUCAGUUUGCACCCAAACAGACCGGUGAGGCUCAGCCAGGCCAGCCGAAGCCACUCUUUCGUUCAAAAUCAGAGACUUUCGAAUCGUUCCAGAGGUCCAACAACAAGGAUCUAACUCCUAUGACACAUUGGACUGGCAUUAUAGAGGAGGACUCUGGCGAGAAUCCUAAAAACGAAGGAAUGAAGCCAGAGGAGAAAAGUAAAAAAGUGGUCAGAGUGGCUCCACUGUCCAAUGGGAACACCAGUCAGGCAGUGCUGGAGUUUGCUCAGUAUCUCGAUUCCCUUUUUAAGCUGGAUGGAAGCGACUCUCUGCCUCCGGACAAUUCUGACGCUGAAUCCGAAUCGGGGCAUGGAUCUUCAGUUCAGACGGAAGAACAGCGCAUGGAGGACUUGGACAGUGAGCGGCAGCUACUAGCCAGAGCCACGCUUGAGCCCAAUCUUGUUCCUAAGCCUCCUCGAACCUUCGCCGGCUCAGCUGAACCCUCGUCUGGCGUUUCUCUCUCUCCGUCAUUCCCUUUAUCCUCAUCAGGAGAGCUAAAUGACCUCUCACCCGUCAAUCACACCGUGCUACGGACUUCUGCUGCUUCUCCUUAUGCCGAAGAAAACACACUAUCCUCCAUGGUGUAGUCAAAUGUGGACUUUUUGGUGUCUGUAUAUUUCCCUUCUCUUCCCUGUUAUUCCCUCUUCAGCUCCUUCUCAAAUGUAAAUGGUGGCAUGGGGCAAUUUUCCCCUUGCUUUAAAAAAAAAUGAUGCAUGCAUAGUAACCUGUGCAAGACAUCCACGCUUAGAACGUGGACUCACUGGAAGCUUUUUAAAAACCUCAUUUUGUACCAUCGUUGGACGUUUACACACUGAAUGCAGUCUACGUGCACUGUUACAACGGGUUUCUUCUCAGCUGCCAUGGAACACGGAUUUAUGUCACACGGAAGAACCUUCACUCAAACGACCCAAAAGUCUCAUCAAGUCCAAUUUUAUGUUUACAUUCACAUUCAUGCCACUGAAUAUGUCAGUACGUCUUUUUAUGCGAACGUAUUGGGAUGCUGAAAAGGUGACGGACAGAUUUGCAGAUGGACUGACACUUCCUCAGGUCUUUUAAGAACAGAGAUGAAAGAAAGCAUCCGAUUUCUAUGUUACACAUUUCAGAUUUUUUGAAUUGAGAAUUGUGUGGUGUUUUAUUGAGCAUGUACGACAGGCUGCACUCACGAUUGCACCGUUUGGAGCGUGUAGGGGCCCUUUUUUUUAUUUACAAUUAUGUUUGGUGUGCAUGAGAAAAUUACAAAUGAUUAUUUAUAACUCUUUUUGAUUCUUUUAUUAUUUUUUGUCAAUGUUAUCCUGCCAAAUAUGUGUAGGAAAUGACCUAUGAACAAAAAAAUCCUACAUGAAUUUAAUGGUAUUUUAUUUAUUGGUAAUUUCUUUCCACGUUUUGCCGUAUGAAUCCGUUAACAUGGGGCAUGCACACCAAUCACCAAGUAUCUGAAUCAUUUAUUUUCUAUUUUAUGAGUUACAAUUCAAGAACACGUAGCAGUAACUGGUCUUUUUAGGGAGUCUCUCUCUCUCUCUCUCUCUCUCUCUCUCAUACUCUUUUUCUCAUUUUGUAUCAUUUCUACUGCUGUUGCUCUGACUAUAUUUACAUUACUUGGUUGUUUAACUUUAUGAUGAAUAUUUAAGUAAUUGUUACAGUGACUUUGCCUUUUUCUAUUUCUUUCAGAAUGAAGUAUUUUUCAGUUGGACCUUUCAUUUUGUUUUGCUUUGGUUUCAAUAGCAGGAGUUCAUCUUGUGUCUGCAGGAAAGGUACAGCAGUGAGACACAAACACAAAGUUAUGCUAGGUAGUUUGCAGUGCACGCUUACACUAAAACCUCUGGGUUCUAAUUUUAUCUUUAAGAUAUCUAAUUCUUUGUUUCAUCAUUGACCUCCUAAACCAAACGCUGCCAAAUGAAUAAUCUGAUACAGUAAGCUAAUUUUGGCAGAGAACAUGGUCUAACUUAAAACCCUCCUCUUCCUGUGCAGCUCCUUGGCCAGUUUCUUUAAAGACUGUGAGGACCAUGUUGUGCAGUCUGAAUGUCACUUCUUAUUGUAUAUAACCGCCUGGCAGCAUGUGCUUAGUGGAUACUCAGUGACACAGAUUUCACAGUGUUAUGACCUUCAGCUCACUGAUAGUAAAGAGAUUCUCACCCCCUUCCCAGUACAACUGGUUUGCUCCCUCAGGGUCCACUGCUGUACUUUCUCCCCAAAGUGAUUGUGAAUAGCUGUUUUUUUUUUUAAUCCCCCGGCAUAAUUAUUUAAUGCAAAUAAAUCCCAUCUCUUUUUUUUUAGUCUUAAUAAUAAAUAUUCCACUUGGACAUUAUAAAGAAAAUAUGGCUGUAUCCUGUACCAUAGUGAUGACUUUAUUUGAAAUCUAUAGCUAUAUGGAGUAUAUAAUAUAAAUAUGGGGGGAUGGGGAAUCUUAUCUGUGCAUAUAUACUGAUUUAUUAAAGAAAUCGGUAAUAGUAGCCAUUAAACUUCAGAAGAAACGCAUUUCUUUUUAUUGUUGCCAGAUAACUUACCAGUCCUUACUUUUCAUCAUGAAUGAGAAUGUAUUAAAAGCCUGCCUGAACACACACAAACACACACAAAAUACCUUGCCUGUAAACAAUAAAACAAUACAGAUUUCAGACA